AAACAAGAACCAUGCCAUAUCAUCUCCUCUUCACCUUGUUUCUCUUUUGUAUUUUCUCCACGAAUCAUGCCUGCAACCAAAUAGACCUCGACUCUCUCUUGUCCUUAGCCUUCAACAGUACAUCUUCUUCUCCACUAAAUUGGUCUUCCAUUGAUUGUUGCCACUGGGAAGGCAUUUCUUGUGAUCAUAAACAUCGAGUCACCCGUAUUUGGUUACCUUCUAGAGGUCUCAGUGGGAGUCUAUGUACCUCUCUUGGAAACCUCACACAACUCUCACACCUCAAUCUCUCCCACAAUUCACUUUCAGCUCCUCUCCCUAAAGGAUUUUUUUCGUCCUUAAAUCAACUCAAGCUCCUUGAUUUGAGCUACAAUCAUCUAUUUGGAGAUAUAUCUGCUUUGCCUGCCUCCAUUCAAAUUGUUGACAUAUCUAGCAAUCAAUUUAGUGAGACAAUCCAAUCUUCUUUCUUUCAAAGUGCAUGGCAGUUGACCGAGCUCAAUGUCAGCAACAAUAGUUUCAUGGGCCCCAUUCCUUCGUUUCCUUGCAGCAAUUCUUCCUUGGUUAGGCUCCUCGAUUUCUCCCAUAAUCAUCACAGUGGCCAUAUUCCAAGUGGAUUAGGGGCAUGUUCCAAACUAAAGGUUUUUAGGGCAGGUUUUAAUUCUCUCUCAGGACUCGUCCCUCAUGAUAUAUACAAUGCGACAAGGUUAGAAGAAAUCUCCCUACCUUUCAAUAAUAUUUCAGGAUUCAUUAGUAGUGACAUUAUGAACCUUGCUAAACUCUGCAACCUUGAGUUAUCUGGCAAUAAAUUGAGCGGCAUGCUUCCUAUGAAUAUUGGAAAGCUCUCCAAGUUAAAGUACUUAAUCCUUCAUACAAACUCCUUAACAGGUUUUUUGCCCCCAUCUUUGGUGAAUUGUACAAAUCUCACUAAAUUGAUUUUACGGUUCAAUUUUCUUGAAGGAGACAUUUCUAUCUUUAAUUUCUCUAGUCUUCAUCAACUUACUACAAUUGACUUGGGGUUUAAUAACUUCUCCGGUAACUUGCCAAUAUACCUUUACUCAUGCAAGUCCUUGAUUGCAAUUCGACUAGCCGGAAACCGACUUGAGGGACAAAUCCUCUCCGAGGUGCUUCAAUUGAAAUUCUUAUAUUUCCUUUCACUUUCUUACAAUAAGCUAACCAAUAUCACAGGCGCAAUCAAGAUUUUGAUGCAUUGCCAAACGCUUCGCAUUGUCUUCCUUGGAGAAAAUUUUCAACAUGAGGUAGUUCCAAGUGAUGACAAUGUUUUAGGUUCUGAUGGAUUUAAAAAUCUCCAAGUUUUUAGUGUUUGUCAAUGCCAACUAACUGGCCAGUUUCCGAUAUGGCUAUCAAAGCUUAAGAAGCUAGAACUUUUGGAUCUAAGUUCCAAUCGUAUCACAGGUUCAAUUCCUGGUUGGUUGUCGACUCUUCCAAAGCUCUUUCGUUUAGACUUAUCUGAUAACCUCAUUUCAGGUGAAUUUCCAAAGGAACUUUGUGCAUUGCCAGCAUUAGUGUCAUCAAAGGCUCUAGUAAACAACGGUUAUUUGGAUUUACCAAUUUUUGAAAGAAAAGCAUCAGGUGUAUCAAGUGCACAACAAUACAAUUUUCUCUCAAACAUGCGAUCAUCAAUACUUGUUGGAAGAAACAAUCUUAGUGGCAACAUCCCCAUUGAGAUCGGCCAUUUGAAGAUGCUUCAUGCUCUGGAUCUUAGUCAUAACAAUUUCUCAGGCAGCAUCCCCGACCAAGUGUCCGAGCUCACAAACUUGGAAGCAUUAGACCUCUCUGCAAAUUGGUUGUUUGGCCAAAUACCUUUAUCAUUGAGUAGGCUAAGUUUCUUGUCUAAGUUUAAUGUUGCAAACAACAAUUUGCAUGGACCAAUACCAUUAGGAACUCAACUUCAGAGCUUUAAUGCCUUAGCAUAUGAGAACAACCCUGGCCUUUGUGGCCUACCACUUCCACAUGAGUGUGCCCAUAUUGUUAGCAACAACGACUUUCAUGAUGACAACAAUGGGCAUAGAAUCCCAUGGUUUCAUGUUGCUGAGGUUCUUGGCUUCGCUACAGGCUUUUGGGGAGUUUGUGGUCCAUUACUUUUUAGCUAUAAGUGGAGAGUUGCAUAUUUUGAAUUUCUGGGCAGCAUAAAAGAUAGAUGUAUAAUCCUUUUCUUUAAAAUUGCAUAUUGGUCGCUUUAGAGUCUAUUAUCAAUUGGUCACUUUACAGUCUAUCAUCAUUUUGGUUUCUCAAGUUUCAAUUUGAAUAAUUUGUAAGGCUUUGUUA